GGUUCGCUUCUCAUCGCAGGGCACUUUCAUGGCAAAAAGACUGCGUCCGGUAGUUCGGUAGGCGGCAAAACCUGCCUUGACUGCGCCGAUGGUAGUGCCGCAAGUGCCGACAGUGGCAAGGAAAAGGAUAUUGACGAAUUCAAACUGUAUCUGACCUCAAAUAUAUCAAUGGAGGACUACAAUAUGGGCUACUGUCUGACUGGGUUCGUGGAACGCCGAUGUCAGCACACCAAUGCUUAUCAAAUGACCCACUUCGCCGUCAUCAAACGGCAAUGGCCGUCCAUUAGCAGCGCAGAUGCAAAGUCAACGUAAUUAAAUGAAAACUUUUACAUUAUUUAUUUGUAUAUUGUACCAAUACGAAAAUUUAGUAUUCGUUUGUAUAUUUAGCUUGUAAGCUAAGUAGAAAUAUAAUUGGUAUUAAGCUAAAUGUUGACAUAGCUUUAAAACCUAAAUAGACAUUUCCACAGUACUAUUUAUGGUAAAGAUUUAGGAUAAGGAAACUACAGUCAGCUUUUAGGCGCUUGAACGUUAAUAGGUAGUAUUAGGUAUUUAUCGCACUACAUGCGCAGUCUUUCUAUUCCAAUAUGCGGGAUAUUUGAAAUAAAUUUGCUUUGGGGAAAGUAUUGAAUCCCAGUCGGAAAAGUAGUAAUGCAUUACAUGCGUGAUACAUAGUUUAAUGUAUUUCUUAUGUACUAUGUAAUCAGCAUUCCAAUGUAUCCACAAACUCCAAAAAUUCCAUAUUAAAUCACAUUCAUUUCUGCAUUACUGUAAUGCAAAAUUGAAUGCCCCACUUUUCUUAGGACAAUGCCGCGG